UAAUAUGACAACUUUCACACUUGAAUGUUUGCAACCUUGCAAUGUGCACGCAUGUGGGUGAAUUGCUAAUAGUGAAACUUUGUGUGUGUUGGCUGGACCCAGUGUGUGAGUGAGAGAGAGCGAGAGGAGGAAGGCAGAUCUAUUUGUGGAUUGGAGAGCAUUUUGUGUCGCUGCCCGGAGAUUCUCUGACCAAGGCAACUGAAAGAAAGAAAUUCCCAGUUGCCAUCCAAGCUGUGCCACGACUUGCAUCCAGUGAGCGAGUAGUGCGAGUUUCGAAUUUUCCUCACUUUCCAGAAAACAAGAGAUAAUCGACAAGAUGUCGGACACGCGGCGAUGGAGCCGACCCCGCACCCGGGUCUACGACUGCAACUACAACCUCGGCGAGCAGUACUACAAGCCAGUCGUCGACAGCCUCGACAGGAAGUAUGGCGGUGGCAUUGCUGAGAGGCUCGCAGCCGACGAACCACUCUCCAGGAGAUCGCCGUUUGGUGCGGAGAGCAGCGGUGGCGGAGGCGGAGGCGGGCGAUCGUCACUGAUGGAGGCGGCUGAUGAGGAGUUUGACGUGGGAGCCAGUCUGCAGCGGCUGAAGGCGUCGCGCGCUGCCCGCCAAGAGCUCGAGGAUGAGUUGGAGUCCAUGUCCACAGAGCGCAUGCUCAAGAAGAAAGCAGCAACAGCGGCGGCCGCACGCGAGUCCCUGCUAGAGGGCGAACUCGAGUCGGCGCUCACUGGAGGACGCAGACGUAAGGCGAACUACUCGGAGCAGCUGCUGGACACAGUGGGCGUGAAUGGCAAGAUGCACGAGAAGCUGGUCGACGAAGUGAGCACAUUCAGGAGGAAGGCGCAGUCGGCCAUUGAUGACUUCAACGAGGAGCUUUCUGGUCGCACGGAGAACAGUCGCAGGUUGGUAAACCUGGCUCGGCAGCGCGCCGACCUGUUGGGCGAAGAGCAUUCAGUGGUAACAGUGCGCGUUAAAAAGGUGCCGCGCCUGACCAAAUGGACAGCUCUGAAUGCGACAUCGAUGACGGAAAGCCUGGAGGAAUCAGCAGCUGAGAAGGCAGCGCGUGCGCGUGCGAGAGCCUCAAAGGCGCGGCUGGCCGACCUCGACGCCGAAAUGGAGGCGCUCACUGAGCGAGGCCAGCAACGCGAGAUGCGCGUCAAGGGACUCAGAUCGCUGCUGGCCGAAACUGCAUCGUCAGCCACUAUUGAGUCGUCAACGACGCAGGUUUCUAGCAGCAGUGUGAGCUCCGCCUCAAAACGCGAACGCAAGGUCAACUUUUAGGUUAGGUUAGGUCGGACGGGUGCGAAUGGAGCUGGCCUUAAGUUAGCAAUUGGUUAGGAGAUGGAAAAUGUUGAAUAUUGUUUAUUUUUGGGUCAGCUUCAUAGGUUAGGAAUAUGUAAAAAUAAACAACAUGGAAAAGUAUGAAUAUCUUUUAUUUUAAGGUCAAAACUAUUAUGAAGAAACAUUUCUUACGAAUGAACUAUUAUUAAAAAGGAACAGGAUAGAAAAUUAUAGAUAUUGUUUCUUCUAAUGUCAAAUUUAUUAUAAAGGAACAGUUAUUAUUAUUAAAAUGGAAUUGUAGGGUCAAACUGAUUAAAUUUGUAAAUUGUUUUUUGGCAUUGAAGGAGUGCAGGUUAGAAAAUUACUAUGAAUAUUGUACAUUCGAAUUUUCUAUAUUUGGAGUGGUUUGUGGAGAAAAUAGUGAACAGAUAAUGUUAAUUCAGAAAACAGUUGAGGCUGUGAAAGAACAGGAUUGUAAAAUAUAGUACCUAUAUAACUCAGAAACACUGCUGAAAUGAUCGACAUUACCGUUCUCCAUCAGAUGCUCUAUGAGAGUCUACAUCUUAGUUAGAGAUUGAGUUUGUGAAAAAUAUAUUCUAUCAUAUUAUAAUAUAAAAACU